UUCAGUAUAGAGGCUAAAGGGUGCUGUCCAAGACCAAAAGCCAAAAACCGAGUUAAUUUAACCUCAUCAAGAUCCAGAACAUUCAGGACGGGGCUGGUUUCCAGCGGUUUGGUGCUGGAGAGCAGAGCGCGCAGGGUGCUCAAUGAGAGAGGAGGAAGAGGAGGAAGAGGAGGGUGAGGAGGCAGAGGGGUGCUAGGGGAUUGGAAACUCGCGAGGAGCAUCGAUCGCUCGAGUCUGCGCCACCGCGCACCUCAUCACACGUGGUGCGCCUCCAAUGGAAGGAGAGUGAUUCAGAGGCGUAAAAAACACGGGAGAAGGAGAAGGAGGCAGCUAUAGCCUAUCGUCCCCCUCAUCCCUCCUCACCAUCACCACCACCACCACCACCACCACCCCCAGGUGCUGGACUCGGAAAAUGGAAGUUAUUUUUGGACGUCCAAAGUAGACAGGCCAGUGUGUGCGAUUCAGAGUUAGAACCUCCAAAAGAUAACCGCGGGCAGAAGUUAAGACUUUUUGAAAGAACUGUGCUGUCGACGUAAACGAGUACAGCCAGUAAUCCGGAAUAUUCAGACCUCAUAACUUCAGACUAGCAAAGUAAAGCGAUAACCUGCCUUCUUCUGGACCUCCCUCCGAGUAGACGAUUUUUACUCUUAUUUCGGGGCGCCGUACUGCUGGAGAUGGUAAACGUGCGGCGUGACUGAAGCGGUGGAAAUUACUCGUGGAGAAGAGGAAGAGCACUUCGACCAAAAGCGACUACACAAGACCAAAAGAUGAAGCCUGCAGCAUUCAUGUUUCUUCUUAUCAGUUCUGCUGCCUGUGUCAAUCUGAAAUACAUUUCCAAGAGGAACUCCGUGGACGGCUGUAUUGACUGGUCGGUGGACCUGAAGACAUAUCGAGUCCUGGCAGGAGAGCCUCUGAGGGUGAAGUGUGCCCUUUUCUACAGCUAUAUCCGUACCAACUACACCAUGACCCAGAAUGCCAAGCUGCGGCUCAUCUGGUAUAAGAACAAAGGUGACUCAGAAGAGCCCAUUAUUUUCUCUGGCCACCGGCUCAGUAAGGAGGGCGACUCCAUAUGGUUCCGCUCAGCAGAGAUGGAGGACAAUGGCUUUUACACCUGUGUGCUUAGAAACACAACAUACUGCAUGAAGGUGUCCAUGUCCUUGACGGUGAAGGAAAAUGAUGAAGGUCUUUGCUUUAGCAGUCAAAUACGUUACCUGGAGAAUGCAGAAAUCACCAAGAGCAAAUUGAUCACCUGCCCUGACAUUGAUGACUACCUAGCCCCUUACAAACAGCCCAUCAUGACAUGGUACAAGGAGUGUCAGAAGAAAGAAUGGAGGAGCUCCAUCAUCAUUAACACCACCAGUCUGUGGAUUCCAGUGGUGGAAGAGGAUGAUGGGGGAAACUACACCUGUGAGCUACAGUAUGGGAGCAGAGUGGUGAGAAGAACAACAGAGCUUAAAGUCACAGCUUUGAUCACAGCCAGACCACCAAAAGUUCUAUUCCCCACAGAGGGACAGACCAGUAUUAUAGAUGUCCAACUGGGCAUGCCGCUGAGCUUGGAUUGCAAGGCUUUUUUUGGCUACAUUGGAGAGUCCAGACCAAUAAUCUACUGGAUGAAGGGGGACAAAUUUGUAGAGGAGUUGGAGGGACAUGUCAGAGAAAGCGAAGUCAGGGUCCUCAGAGAGUACUUGGGGGAGAAAGAGGUGGAGCUCUCUCUUACCUUUGAUGCUGUGGAGGAGACCGACAUGGGCAACUAUACCUGCCAUGUGGAGAACCAUAAUGGACGUGGGCGUGGAAGUGUUGUCCUUCAGAAAAAAGAUAUGUACAGGCUGGAGCUGGCUGGUGGACUAGGGGCCAUCUUGCUGUUGCUAGGGGUCUUCACGGCCAUCUACAAGUGUUAUAACAUCGAGAUCAUGCUCUGCUAUCGGCGCCAUUUUGGCAGUGAUGAAACAGAGGAUGACAACAAGGAGUAUGAUGCCUACCUCUCAUACACCAAAGUGGACCUAGACUCAGUAGACCGGGAGGUGAGCGAGGAGGAGCAGUUUGCAUUGGAGAUCUUGCCUGAUGUGCUGGAGAAACACUAUGGCUACAAACUCUUCAUUCCAGACCGUGACCUGAUUCCCAGCAGCAUCUACAUUGAGGACCUGGCACGGAGCGUGGAGCAGAGCCGACGCCUCAUUAUCGUACUGACCCCCGAGUUUGUGGCUAGGCGAGGAUGGAGCAUCUUCCAGCUGGAGACUCGGCUGCACGGCAUGCUGGUGACGGGUGAGAUCAAGGUCAUUAUGAUCGAGUGCACUGAUCUGCGCAAUGUCAUCAACUAUCAAGAAGUGGAGGCACUGAAGCACACCAUCAAAGCUCUCUCCGUUGUCAAGUGGCGAGGGCCCAAGAGCAACCAGCUCAAGUCCAAGUUCUGGAAGCAGGUUAUCUAUGAGAUGCCAACAAAAAAAAAGGAGACUCUCUCUCGCCGGCAGGUGCUAGACUCGGGCGAGCAAGGCCUCUUUGGUGACCUGCAGGCUGUCUCCACCAUCGCCAUGACGACCACUUCGCCUUCAGUGGCACCUACCCACGCUGACAUCCCAGACUUUAACCAGUCCAACCACCUGCAAAUGCGACACUUCUGCAGGAGUUAUGAGUAUGAAAUUCCAGCCUCAACACUACAAAUAGCCACGCUCAGUAAUCGCCACAUGUACUGCAAUAUCCCCAUGACGCUGCUCAAUGGACAGAUGACGCAAAACAAUACCGGUGGAAAGGCCAAGCAGGAGAUUCACUUGAACAGCACAUUCGUCCCGCUGUCUGGCCGAGAACUGACUAGUGACAUCUGGUAGAAAUCUUACCAGCAAUAUUACCUGAAUUCCACCCUUUUUGUUUUUGCUUUUUCUUUCCUUUAAUCUGCAUGAAGAUUAAGUUGAUUCAAAAACAGACUAAAUACAUAAUGUUUUUUUUCUCUUUCUUUUUCUUUCCAAAUCUCUAAUUAGCCAUGUUAUUUUUCCUUUUAUUAGCCAAAAAAAAACACAAAAAACCUAAUAUGGAUAUAAUUUUCCUACUUGAAUUUCUCCUUUUUGGAGAUGGAGUAAUAAAAAGACCUUGUUUUUCAUGUUCAAGGUGUUGAUGUAAUGUACAGUUUCAUAUCUGCUAAAAAACAUUCAAGAUGACUCCUUAAUAUUGGUGUGUAAGUUGAGUGGACCCAAGUUCAAAGUUUUUUUUUUUUUUUCUUUCGGUGAAUGGCUGCUUUGGUCAUUGCAUCACAAUUAUAUAAAGGCAGGUGGAACACUUUCAUUGUGAGCUUUAAAAAAAAAGACAUUACAGUAUAUUUAAACAAAUAAAUCAUGUUUAAAUUUACAAAAAAAAUUGUGUUUGUUUGAAGCCUAAAUAUGGAUAUCUGAGUAUUUGAUGCAAAUACAGUUUGCUUGAUCUUCUGUUAUUCAAGUUUGCUGUCUCCUCUUUGAGGACUUUCUGUCUAAUCAUGUUUUAUCAAAAGCUUGCUUUUUUGUUUGUUUGUUUAUCUGACUGACCUUCCAGAUGUCUCUUGUAUCAGGCACAAGAAUCCAAAAUGAUAUCAAUCAAUUAUAUUGAUUUUAUUACAAAUAUUAUUCUGUGCACUUUCAUAGCAUUUGUAUGUCAUGACACCUCUAUCAGAAAGCAUUGACCCUCAUGAAGGGCCUCUGGUGUAAAAUGCAUUCUGUAGCCAACACUGAUAAUGAUAUUGUUAGAAAGAUUAAAGGACACCAAAUUCUC